GUCAGCAGGACAGCGCAUGCGUACCCGGGGCUUGCCGAGGCCCCCGGUCCCGGUAUCGGGAUGCGGCUGAAUGAGGAUGUCGUGCUGCGGGGUCAGCUGGCCGUGCUCGUCCCCUACAACGCGCGGCACGUCCCCAGGUAUCACCAGUGGAUGAAAUCAGAAGAGUUACUGAAACUCACAGCUUCGGAGUCUCUUACCCUGGAACAGGAGUAUCAGAUGCAGAGAAGCUGGCAGGAGGAUGAUGAUAAAUGUACCUUCAUAGUCUUAGACAAGGUGAGGUGGACGAGUGGUUUAUACACAGAAGAAGACUGUAUGGUGGGAGAUGUGAAUCUGUUCCUUACGGAUCCUGAAGAUCCCACCAUGGCAGAAAUUGAAAUCAUGAUUGCAGAACCUAAUUUCAGAGGGAAGGGAUUUGGCAAAGAAGUGACACUGAUGAUGAUGUAUUAUGGUGUGACCAAACUGGGGAUAAGAAAAUUCCAAGCCAAAAUCAAUCUGGAAAAUAUAAUCAGCAUUGCCAUGUUUCAGAACAUGCACUUUGAAAAGGUUUCAGUCAGUGACGUCUUCCAGGAAGUGACACUUUGGUUGAUCAUGGAUGACGGCAGGAAAAAGUGGCUUCUCGAACAAAUGAAUCGGGUGAAGGAGGAGAGGUAUAGUGAAACAAAACAGCGGCUGGAAGGAGUGCAAGAGAAAAUCCAGUAGUCCUUGUUGAGUAACAAGGACUGAAGACUUAACAUUGAGAACUGAUAAUUUUAAAAGUUCAGAGAUGUCUUUUCAAGAGAAUAUUCCUUCUCAACCAAAAGGUGUAAGUAUGGCUGGAGGAAGUGCAGGGCUGCAAAUUAGGUUCUGUGUGCCCUGUAUUUUAAUAUCUAUUCAUCACAAGGGCCUGCACACUGCUGUAGAUGAGGAAAGUCAAGUGAUGUCAAUAGGGCUAUGAGAAAGAGCACUUUUUUACUACAGCAACUAUCACUAACUCCUUCCCCAGCAAGAGUCGCCAGGGCAUCAAACUGCAUGGCUGGGGAAGUCGUAGCUUUGAUGUCCAGGUUGCAAAAUGAUGCAGGAGUAGUAAGAGGAAGAUUAUAACGUUUCCACCUCCCCUAAUCUCUGUACCUGUUCUUCCAUGGUGGAAUCCUGAUUAAAUUAUCAUAUGACCUGCUGGCUGUGAUAGCAAAAGACUGCCAGUGCCCGUGAAUUUACUGGCAAAUCAGCACCUACUUCCCGGUGAUGUAUCAUCUUGGUUGAAUCAGAAGUAGAGCAUCAGGUGAUAGCACUACAGAAUGGACAUUAUACCUGCUUUCUUUGUGAAGGUUUUAGCAGUAAGUCUGAGCCUGUGUAAACCAUGAGCUCCUACAGUGUGCAGGCAGGAGCGGGUAAUGCAAUGCCAGGCUGUUUAAUGGUUGUAAGCACACCACACUCCACCCCAUGUUGUAUUGGAUUUGUAUUCCUGGAUAAUAAUAGAUCCAUUUUCUAAUUCUGUGCAAGUUUCAGAAGUCAUCCAGUGAAUCAGCCAACAGCAUGACGAGCAGCAUAUAGGUUAAUAUGGGAUUAGAAUAUAAACAAGUAUAAGGUGCAUCUCCUAGGGCUCCGUGGUAACAUAGCGGUUAGUGCGACACUAAUACAUCUUGGAGCCUCAGAGUUGAGAGUUCUAAUCUGGCGCCAUCUGUAAGGAGUUUGUACUCUGCAUUCUCCCUGUGACCAUGUGGGUGUUCUGGUUUUCUUCCACAGUCCCAAGGCAUACAGGUUAGUAGGUUAAUUGGUCAUUUUAAAUUGUCCUGUGAUUAGGUCAGUGUUAAAAAUGCGGGUUCCUGGGCGGCAUAUCUCGCUGGGCCAGAUGGGGCUGUUACACACUGUAUCUCCAAAUAAAAUAAAACAAAAUAAAAAAUAAAUACAUACUG